CUCUACACCCUUUUAUUCUCCAGCAAAUCAACCUGCAAACCACUUCAGACCAUGCGCAAGCCAUUCAUCACCGUCUUUGUUUUUAGUGCCUUGGCUGCUGUCAGCUCCGCGUUCUGCGUCAAGGACCGAGAUGAUUGCCCCUCUGGAACCCAUGGGGUUGAAGAUCCAGUGUAUUGUGUAGAAAGUGGCUACUCUUACGACCACCAGUUUUUCUGUGCAAGAGAUUCGGUCAAGACUGUCGGUAUCCGAGGCCGAGUACCACCCCCCAACCUGAGGGGAGCUUGUGUCCGCGAGUGCGAUGAGUGCCCUUCUGGAACUCAUUGUGAAAAUGAACCCGAGAUCUGUAGGGAUUUGGGUUUCCCUCCUCACUAUCACUUGCUUUGCGUCGGUGGCUUCGCUUCCAACCCCAUCCCCAAACCUGCACCUGUUGCUAAAACUAUGCCCUGUGUCCGCAAGUGCGAUGAGUGUCCCUCUGGAACUCAUUGUGAAAAUGAACCCGAGAUCUGUAGGGAUAUGGGCUUCCCUCCUCACUAUCACUUGCUUUGCGUCGGAGGAGAUCCCAACUCUUCUGAGAAGAGCUCUUGCCACUGAUCAAAUUUAGAUGGACA